ACAUGAUGGUCUAAUAAUAAUUCCAAAUUCAAUCAAAUUGAAUUCCGCGAGUCUGUGAAAAGCUAGGGUUAGGGUUUGAAAGAUGAUAGAGGUGGUGUUGAACGACAGGCUGGGGAAGAAGGUUCGGGUGAAGUGUAACGACGAUGACACCAUCGGCGAUCUGAAGAAGCUGGUGGCGGCUCAGACAGGGACUAGGGCUGACAAGCUCAGGAUCCAGAAGUGGUACAACAUCUACAAGGACCACAUCACCCUCAAGGACUACGAGAUCCACGACGGCAUGGGGCUCGAACUCUACUACAAUUAAAUUAAACAGGUUUGCAGUCAUGAAAUUGGGGCUCUAGGUUUCUGCUUGGGGGAUGGACUCUGCGUCACUUACGAGUAACAAGUUUAUCUAAUAAUUGUCUGCACUUAUAGUAUGUUAAUAUGUUAAUUGAUGAACGGUUGAAUGCUUUUUUUUUUUUUUUUCCUUUUUUAAUAAGUAAUGAACAGUUGAAUACUUAAUUGGAUUUUUAAAUGUAUAAGUACUAUUUCCUUGACAAA